AUGCCCCUGCCCAGCCGCCUUACCUCCUCUGGUGUCAUGGGACUGGACGCAGAGCGGGCGAUGGAGUCUAUGAGCUGCAGCAACUGCUCAUCCACGUGUGAUGGGAUGUGGGAAGCAGCAGCAAGGGGCAUCAUUCUAGUGGGAAUAGUCUCAUUACCCCACUCUCACCGGCAGAGUGGGCCUCACCGGCAGAGCGGGGAGAUGGAGUCCACCCCGCUUAGCCCCUACUCUUGUGACUUGCCUGCUCCCUCUCUUCCUCCCACCUCUCCUCACCUCUGCUGCUAUCCGCCUUGCACGGCCGUCCAUUGCUCACUCUUCUGCCUGCCCCUUCACUCCACCCUCACAUCAACCGCAGUGACUGGAGCUCCCACUCACCUCUUCGCCCUCUUCCUUCAGCCCCACUCACCUCUUCGCCCUCUUCCUUCAGCUCCCACUCACCUCUUCGCCCUCUUCCUUCAGCUCCACUCACCUCUUCGCCCUCUUCCUUCUGCUCCCACUCACCUCUUCGCCCUCUUCCUUCAGCUCCCACUCACCUCUUCGCCCUCUUCCUUCAGCUCCCACUCACCUCUUCGCCCUCUUCCUUCAGCUCCCACUCACCUCUUCGCCCUCUUCCUUCAGCUCCCACUCACCUCUUCGCCCUCUUCCUUCAGCUCCCACUCACCUCUUCGCCCUCUUCCUUCAGCUCCCACUCACCUCUUCGCCCUCUUCCUUCAGCUCCACUCACCUCUUCGCCCUCUUCCUUCAGCUCCCACUCACCUCUUCGCCCUCUUCCUUCAGCUCCCACUCACCUCUUCGCCCUCUUCCUUCAGCUCCUCUCACCUCGGCUACUAUAUGACUUGCACGGCCGUCCAUCGCUGCUUUCUCUGCCUCUGCCUUCACCUGACUCUCAAACCAGCCCCAAUGAUCGGAGCGCCCACCUCUCCCCUCUUCUCCCUUCACCUCAGCUCAACUCCGCUGCUAUCUGACGGCUAUCUACCUUGCACGCCAAUCCAUUGCUUCUUCCUCUGCCUCUGCCUUCACACAGCUCUCAAAUCAACCCCAAUCCGCCCCUCUUCUCCCUUUAUCUCAGUUCACCUCAGCGGCUAUCUGCCUUGCACAACCGUCCAUUGCUGUUUCCUCGGCCUCUGCCUUCACUAUUGCAGGGCAGCUAGCUACAGGCCUCACUUCACCCGCUACCAGCCUCUUCCCGCUUCCCUCCACCCACCUCCGCUGCUAUCUGCUUUGCAGGACUGUCCGUUGCUGCCUCCUCCGCCUGUGCCUUCACUCCAUCCCCCCCACUUAGCCCCUACUCUUGUGGCUUACCUGCUCCCUCUCUUCCUCCCACCUCUUCUCACCUCAGCGGCUAUCUGUCUCGCACGACCGUCCAUUGCUGCCUCCUCCGCCUCUGCCUUCACACGGCUCUCAAACGCCUGUAGCUGCUCCUCCUCCGUGCGCCUUCUCUUCUCCUGCAAUGGAUGGAAUCAGGGGAGACCCAACAGCUGCAUGUAA